CUCCCCUUCUUUUCUCUUCUUCACUCGUACUUCCACCACGCAUCAAUAUUGAUUAAUCUAUCUUCAUUGAUCCUCAACAAAGAAAAAAAAAAAAUGUUGCCGGAUAUUGAUAUACCGAAAACCGGAAGCGGAUCAUUGCUGCCGGUGUCGACGCCGCGGAGACGGACAUUGGAGCAUGAACCGGCGGAGGGAACCACGCCACCACCUCAUCAUCAUCAGUAUCAUCAGCACAAUGUUACUACUAGUAGUAAUAAUAAUUAUAGUAACAGUAAUAAUAGGUCUCCGACGUCGAAAAGGAGGAUGAAUUCCGUGAUGCGAUAUCUCCGGCCCCCGCCACGGUGGAACACGAACCGCUGGUUACUCGCGCUGUUUGUAUUGUUCGUGGUUUCGACCGUAUUGUUGAAGAUUGUUCUGAUGAACACCUUUCUUAGACGGAUGAAAUCCCAUGAUUUUUUGAGACAUCCGGACCAAUCCAAAUCCAAAUCCUCCACUACUACUUCUACUAAUACUUCCUCUGUAUCCGAGGAGAAAGCCAUCAUUGAUCAUGUCGAACGGAAUGAAGAUCAACGGACACCUGAAAUUUGGAAGAAGCCAAGAAGCGACAACUUUGUAAGAUGUAUUGGAAGAUCGAAACGCAAAUCAGUAGUAGGCCAAGAAACGGGAACAAAUGGCUACAUUCUAGUUCAUGCAAAUGGAGGACUAAAUCAAAUGAAAACUGGAAUAAGCGAUAUGGUGGCCAUAGCAAAACUACUCAAUGCAACUCUGGUUCUUCCUUCCUUAGAUCACAAGUCCUACUGGACAGAUCCAAGGUGAGGGUUUUGUACAUAUUUUCUUUCCCCUGUAAAAAAAUAAAAUCAAAUAAAAAUAAAUGAUCUUGCUGUUUAUAAAGCUCAAUGUCUCAGUGAAUUUAAAGAUAUCUUUAACUGGAAGCACUUCAUGGAAACUCUGCAAGAUGAUAUUGAAGUAUUAGAGUCCCUUCCUCCAAAGUUCACCCGCGUGACACCCGUCUCAAAAACACUUGUUUCUUGGUCCAAGCCCAGGUAUUACAGGGGAGAGAUUCUGUCACUGCUAAAGCAGAGAAAAUUGCUAGAAUUUCCGCUGUCUGACAAUCGCUUAGCUAACAAUGGAGUGCCAAGUACAAUCCAGAGGCUCCGUUGUUAUGCAUUGUUUGAAGCACUUCGAUUUGCACAGGAUAUCGAAGAGUUAGGAAAGAAGUUAGUAAGCAGACUCAGAGAGAAAGGCAAUCAUUACAUUGCUCUCCAUUUAAGGUACGAAAAGGACAUGCUCGCCUUCACUGGUUGUAACCACAACCUGAGUAGAGCACAGUCUUUUGAGCUUCGGGCAUUAAGGUACAAAACUAGACACUGGAAAGAGAAACAAAUAAAUGGUACAGCACGGCGACUAGAGGGAGGGUGUCCUAUGACACCAAGGGAAGCUGCCAUGUUUCUAGAGGCUCUGGGGUACCCUCCCAGCACAAAAAUCUAUAUUGUUGCUGGUGAAAUUUUUGGCCAAAGGCUUGCUGUGUUUAAGAAGAAGUAUCCGAAUACUUUUUCUCAUUCUACUCUGGCCACCGAAAAGGAGCUUGAACCAUUUCGCAAAAGGCUUAACAAACUUGCAGGUGUAGACUAUAUUGUAGCCCUAGAGAGUGAUGUUUUUGUUUAUACUUAUGAUGGGAACAUGGCUAAAGCAGUGCGAGGUCAUCGCAUAUAUGAAGGCUUUCGGAAAACAAUUAAUCCCGACAAGGAGAGCUUAGUCAGGCUAAUUGAUGAAUUUGACAAAGGAUUGAUAUCUUGGGAAGAAUUCUCGUCCCAAGUUAAGAGCACACACAAGGACAGAAUUGGAGCACCAUCCUAUCGAGAAGUCAGAGAAUCUCCUAAACUUGAAGAAAAUUUCUAUGCCAAUCCCUUACCUGGUUGUCUAUGUGAAAACUAAAAGAACCACUGCGAUAACGAGCAAGGAAAAAGUUGGGGUGCCGGGAAAAAAAGGAGUAAAGUGCUUCUCAUAGAAAGAUGUUUAUGCACUAAACUGACAAAACUUGAUCGCUAAUCGGCCAGAAAUGAAGUGGUGAAGCGUUUUUACCACCCUCAAGAAUGGAUCUAAAGAAUAGGAUGUGAUCAAACCAGAAUCACAGUAGUUUUUACACAAGUACAAUGAACAAAGUGUUCUGUAAAGUGUAUAGAAUGCUAUGAUGCCACAGCCACCCCCGCCCCCCAGGCUGAAGCAGAUGGAGUACAUAGACGGAAAUACCACAAUUAUACAUGGACUCUGCCACACAAAAUUGUUUGUCAAAAAUAGAUGAAUACAGACUUCUGCAAAAUUCUUUGAUUAGACUAAAAUUGGAUACAAAUAUGUUAUUAUACUACCCCCCUCCGUCCCAAAAAAGUAGUCCACAUUGAGUUUUAAAAUUUGUAUUAAAACUAAUACAAAACUCAAAACUCAAUGUGGACUAAUUUUU